AUGAAAUUCCACCGGAAUACGAUAUUGUAAGAUUGCAUUUCCCAACUGCUUCUGUAAGCUAUAAGGGUGAUGUGAAUGAACAAUUUAUUCAAGAAAUCAAAAAUGUUUUAGAUAGUUCUAACGAUGAUGAGAAAAAAAAAGUAUUGUUAAGAAAGAUGUUUAACGAAUGGGGUAACUUUAUAGUUAAUGAUGUUACUAUCGGUGGGGCUGUAACAAUAAAAAAUUGGUCAAAAAUUAGCGAAGAAAACAAAUCACGUUUAAAGACAUAUAUCCAAUGGGGUGUAGAUUAUGCAAAAGGUGGGAAAUCGCCAGUUUUCAAUGACGCAUCACUUAGUGACUUUCCUCAAUUUGAAACCUCAAAAAAAAACAUGAAAACUAUUGGAGAAUUUUAUGAAUGGUUAAAAGAUAUAUAUAAUUACAGAUGCGCCGAAAUUAUAUCAUAUGAGAAUCUUAGACAUUCUUACACAUCAUUAGAUGAUGAUUUAGUAAAACGC